AUGGCGUCACCAACGAAGGGAGCUUGGUCUCUCGAAACCUACGAGGCCCUGAAAGCCGCCUUCUUCGCCAACCUGGGCCCCUUCAGCAAAGAGCAGCAGCAGGCCAUCAUCGAUGAAUUGAAAGCCCAAGGAAUCGUCACCACAGGCUACUAG